AUGAUCCACUUCCGCUGCUCGCCUACUCCUACAAGGCUACAACAAGUUCCUCCAUCUCACAGCAAGUACGACGUGUCCUGCAUCUCCACCAUAGCCAAUGUCGCCAACGAGGACAAGAAAAAGACUACCUCCACGCUGUUCCAGCCCGUCUUCCCGAUCGGCGAGCUUAACACCGCCGGGUUCCUGCACGUGCAGACCCAGUGCCACCUGCGGACUUUUUACAACAAGGAUUACAACGACUCGAUUAACUACAUUGCUUGUGUCUACACAAAAGACGGUGAUGGGUUCCACCGAUAUGAGUUCGCGCCAGUGAGUUAG